GCCGACGGGCGGGCGGGCCGGGCCGGGCCCCGGAGGUGGUGCCGACGCCCGCCGGCUCAGGCCCGGCGCCCGCGGCCGCUCGGGCUCCGCUCCCCGUCACACCGCGGGGGCGGCCCCGGCGCACCCUCCUUCCCCAAGGGAGGAGCCAGCGGCCUGGGCAGGCCCGGGCUGGGGCCGCCGCCGCCGCCGCCCCGCAUGGAGCCCCCGCGGCUCCCUCCGCCUCCCCGGGCCGGCCCAGCGGCUCCUUGGGCGGGCGGCGGCCCCGGCGGGCCGGGCCGGGCCGUGAGGGGCGGGAGCGGCCGCGUACGGCGGCGCGGAGGGAACAAGCGGCCCGGCGGUGAUGGGCGGCACCGCGGGGCCCGGCACGGCCGCACUGCUGGGGACCCCGGCCUGCCCGGGCCGGGCCUGCCCCGGGGAGCAGCCAAACGCGGGGCCUGCGGCGGGCGGGGCCGGCUACCGAGGCACAGGAUUGCCACAGUUUGGCCUCAGAGCCCCGUGGGAACUGAAACCCCCGUUCGGGGGCCUGCAGGAGUUAAUGCUACCCAGGGCUGUCUCGUAAGCCAGAGGCUCCCAACAGCUUUUGAGUGCACACUAAUUCAGGCAGAAGUGACCUGCUGGACAGGACAGUACUGCAGAAGCAUCUGUGGGACCCCAGCACUGUCCAAGCAAGGGCAACUGUCAUUUGGAAAACUCACCUGCUCCACAUAAAGGGCUCCAGCAGCACACUGGCUUUGUGUCAGCCCAGAACACCUGUAACAGGGCACAGUCCUGUCAUUCAUCAGAGCUAAUGAAAUGAUCCUGUUAACACUCCUGGUCAUGCACCUUCCUCAUGUUCCUGUUUCCUGACAAGGCCUUGAAGAUGUGUUCUUUUUAUUUUUAUUUAGAAGAACAGAUAAAUAUUUUGCCAAAGAUGAUAGUCAAGCACAGAACCUUGGAAAGUAUCCAAAUAAGCAGCAUGGAGAAACCAUAGUUGGAAGGUUUCAGUGGCUACUUUAAUGGAUUAGUAAAUAAUAUGGAAAAUGGACUUUCUUGAUUCUCAGGUAUCAAACUCUAGCUUCUAAAAUGGAUAGAGUGACUCUGCAACAGGAGAGGCUUGUGAGGACAAAGUUAAGCUAGUCCCUGAAUGAUGCAGUGUAAAAAGGGGUAAUUCAUGGAAUCAGGUGGUAGAGUCAUGAACCUGCCUUUGCAAAUAUGACCAUUAAUCACUGUGUUGAAAACAUUUGCCUUGAGGGAAAGGGAAAAGUCUGUAUUGCAAGACACUAUAAGAUGAACAAAUUUAAAUUACCUCAGAGUUGUAUCUCUGCAUAGACAUAGCCCUA